AAGCCUACAGACGACCAAACUGUACUUCCGGUGCGACCCAAACAGCUGUUUUUUUAUAGUCGGAAUCAUCUGCGCUUUAUUUUUUGCCGUAUUUUUUCUUGAACCAUGUCCGCACCGGGAUUUGUGCUCGUGAUCUUCGCGGUGUCUGUGUGGCCCGGAGCCUCCAGGUUCAUUAGUGGCCCGAUGGCAUUCAUAAAGCAGGAAUCUCUGACAUUGGAUAUCUGUCCAGAAUGCAGCCAGAUCAUCCAGCUGUCUGCCAACAUGAUUUCCAGCAGGGACACUAAGGGAACUGUGUAUGAAAGUUUACACACUUUGUGCCAGCGCCUCCCUGAAGAGCAGGCAUCAGAGUGUUAUUUACAGGUGAAGGCUUAUCUGCCCAAAAUCCUGCAGCAAACUCCUGAUCAUCUGAACCCAAGAGAGCUUUGUGCAGCUUUUGGACUUUGUGCUCCACACAAGGAGGCGAAACUGCAGAAACUUCCCCAUCAUGUGGCUGAUGAAGAUAAAUCCAGCUCUGCACUUGCCACAGAAACAAAGACCGAUGAGCAGCUCAACCCAGUUUGCACCCUGUGUUUGUUUAUUAUCAAGAAGCUGGAGAGUCUGCUGCCCAAAAAUAUGACUGAGGAUACUAUAAAGAAGCUCAUGGGAGAGGUCUGCGACCUUAUACCCAAAAGUUAUAAGGAGCAAUGUGAUGAUUUCAUCGACAAAUAUGGCGUAGAGAUUGUCGAAUUCCUUUUGUCUUCUGCUGCACCUCACACGAUAUGCACUCUUCUGCAUCUCUGUUUGUUCAACGAGCAGCCAGUUCCAGAGGUGUUCCUCCCCUCGGACUGCGAGUCAUGCCGUACACUGGCUGCGCUGAGCCGACUAUACCAGGGCCUCAACACCACUGAACCUCAGACUUCUGCUUUCCUGCACUCAGUGUGUGAUUACCACCCUAAUGCCAUCCCCAAGUGUGAAGCCUUCACCCAUAUCUACGGCUCGCGGCUGCAGAAGGUUUUGGGAAACCAGAUGGAAUAUCCCCAUGCAUGUGAAAGAGCCGAUCUGUGCGUCACCUCAAAGCAGGUGGAACCGCUGGGAAAGAAUCGUUGUACCUGGGGACCAAGCUACUGGUGCAAAGAUGCUGAAACUGCUCAGGAGUGUGGUAAUCGAGUCUACUGUGAGAAAUACAUGUGGAAGAAGAAUGAGUGAAGCCUGCCAGACUGACUGCAGCCAUGUGCACACAAUGGCCUACUUUCUACAAGUUGAUUAAAUUGUUAAAUGUUUAAUAUCUAUGAUGCACUGAUUACAUUUUUUAAUUUUGUUGUUGCUAUUUUACAAGUAAAUUUUGCAUCGCAUAUACCAGGACAGUCAAUCAGCCAUAUGAACGUUUCACAUAAAGUUUCCGUUUUGCAUGAAGUUUUAUGAAACUGAAGCUGGGAUUCAUUAGUUCCGUGAGAAGUAUUAUUCUGUAUAUUAUAGUUGUUUUAUGAAUGUGAAAAACUGCAAACUCUUCGUCCCUGUGCUAGUCACACACUGAGCUCAGUGUAUACUUCAGACAAUUUCAACAACUGACUGUUCAACACAACUGGAAAACUGCUUCUUCUGUAAUAUAAUUGCUCUUGUGAUGACUCCUGUUGCAAAUGACUACAUACAAAUAAAAC